UAAAAAAAAAUCCUGGCUUUGGGGUGAACAAUUACGUAUUUUAACUUGUAACCAUAGAAAUUGUAUCACUUUGAGUGGGCCUGCAGGGUGUCGUGACCACGGUUGACGUUGGCUAGUGGAUUUAUCACCUGUUUAACAGGAGGAUGUUGGCUAAGGGAAGCACGGCAGGUGACUGCCGGGUUUUCCUGAGCACCUGCUAAAGCAGCAGUUCCCCAGAAGCUGCCAACGCUUCCCAGCGCAGGAGGGGGCUUGAACCUGUGCCGCGUAUCUCCGAGGCGGGAUACCCGGCAGGAGCAAAGGCCGGAUUGUCACCUCUUUUACCGAAAAGAAAGACGUGAGCGAGAGGAGGAAAUGAGAGAGCAAUUUUAGCGUUACCUGCUCURCUAAACUGUCACCGUGAUGCACUGUGCCAGUGCUCCAUGGGAGUGUUUGUACUGAAGGAUUCAGGAAUGCCAGAAUUGGGCAGUUUGAUGGCACUUUGCACUGAUAGGGCAAGCRGACAGAUGGAGCAGUUAAGGCAGAGAUGCACAUACUUUGCCACUGUGGGACAGUAAGGUCUCGAAGAGGGGCUGGGGAGGAAUCUAAUGUCUCAAACCUGCCAGCCCCUAUUGAAAAAGUCCAUUUGUGCUUCUUUAUAAAUAAGCACAAAUAUUGCGUUUUUAUAAACAGUAAGCUGUGAUUUUUCAGGGRGAAAUUGCAUGGUAGAGCUGGAAGUGUGCAAGAGUGGUGAAGCUCUUGAUAGCUGUUGGAAUGAUCCAGAGAACUGUAAUACUUUGGGAAACCUCUUCCCUUCCAGGUACUGCUACGAGCGGAACUUGGCUGUAAACCCACAGGGGGGUAACACAGGCCUCGUUGGGGGCAGCGUGCCCGUCUUUGACGAGAUCAUCCUCUCCACAGUUCUCAUGAACCAGGUCAUCAGCUUCGACGAGGUGUCUGGAAUCCUCGUGUGCCAAGCUGGCUGCAUCUUGGAGAACCUCAGCCAGUACGUGGAGGAGAAGGGCUUCGUUAUKCCGCUUGACUUGGGAGCAAAGGGCAGCUGUCACAUCGGUGGCAACGUGGCCACCAACGCCGGCGGCUUGCGGCUCUUGAGAUACGGCUCUCUCCGAGGGACGGUGCUAGGGCUGGAAGUGGUGCUGGCUGAUGGCUCCGUCCUGGACUGCUUGGCCUCUCUGCGCAAGGACAACACUGGCUAUGAUUUGAAGCAGCUUUUUAUUGGAUCUGAGGGCACCUUGGGAGUUAUCACUGCUGUCUCCAUACUUUGUCCUCAGAAACCCAAGGCUGUGAAUCUGGCUUUCCUAGGGUGCCAGAGUUUCACUCAAGUUCUGAACACAUUUACAACCUGCAGAGCCAUGCUGGGAGAGAUCCUGUCUGCAUUUGAAUUUAUGGAUGAUAAGUGCAUGGAAUUGGUGGAGCAACACCUAAAACUCUCCAAGCCAGUGACAGGGUGCCCUUUUUAUGUUUUAAUCGAAACUUCAGGCUCCAAUUCCACCCACGAUGAGGAAAAACUGAGCAACUUCCUAGAACGAGCUAUGACUUCUGGUUUGGUCACUGAUGGAACUGUGGCCACAGAUGAAAAGAAAAUAAAGAUGCUCUGGAGCCUGCGGGAGAGGAUCACGGAGGCCCUCACUCAUGAGGGUUAUGUUUACAAAUACGACAUCUCGCUGCCCGUGGGGAAGCUGUACGACCUGGUCACUGAUACCAGAGCUCGCCUGGGCCGGUGUGCCAAAAAUGUGGUGGGCUACGGUCAUCUGGGAGAUGGAAACUUGCACUUGAACAUCACAGCGGAUUCCUACAGCCAUUCCCUGCUGGAUGCCAUUGAGCCAUUUGUGUACGAAUGGACUGCAAGAUGCAAUGGCAGCAUCAGUGCGGAGCACGGCUUGGGGUUCAAGAAGAAGUGCUUCAUUCAUUAUAGCAAACCCAAGGAAGCAAUCUUGCUAAUGCAGCGUUUCAAAGCCAUGUUAGACCCCAAAGGGAUUCUCAAUCCCUAUAAGACACUGCCUUCCAGUUCCUGAGGUCGGAGGAGAUGCCGUCACAUGAUGACUGCAUCUCUCACUCACUAACCUGCAGCACUUUGGCUACAGUCAAAGCRAUCCAAAGAAGGAUCAAACAAGGCACAUAAAAUGCUCCUUGGCUUAUUUCCUUAGGGUAAGGAAACAAGUAAAAGAAUGUGGUUCAUCUUUUCAGGGGUGUCUGCCCUUUCAGAAAAUGAGCACAUUCGUGUUUUUGCUUAUAUGGGUUUUCUAUUUCAUCUGAGCACUCAAACUAAGCAUACAGACUUCUUUUGAAGUCUUACCUGCUCAAUCUGAUAAUUAGAGUUGGUUUCUACCUCCAUUCAAGUAGUGGAAGAGUUCUCAAAGAGYCCUUACAACUCUCAAGCUCUACUGAUCAUUGUUUCUUUUCAGUUUCAUUGCGACACAUAUUCUGCAUCAAAGAGGGGAAGAUGAGAGCAGGUUAUAGCAUGCUUGUGACCUGAUGUGACGUGUUAAGUCAUACACUGUGUAGCUAUACAUUAUGUAUACAUAAUGUGGUGUUUAGGCAGAAGAGCCAACGAGAAGCCUCACAGCUUGGAAUUGAUAGUUUUAUUGCACCCUGCAGACGUGGGUAUUAGAUUUGGGACUGUAGCUGAGUUUGAAAAAUAGAAGAGUAAAUUCAGGGGACUCUUCCUCCUUUUMUAUUCUCACCCUUCCUUUCUGCAUAUGGCAAAAGAGACUUACUAUCAAGCAGUAUUUUGGGGGACUUUGGGAGUUUUAUGUUGUCCUUUUCAGUUAUUACCAGCAGAAUUGCAAUGGGAAGUCCCUGAUCAUAAACGUMGAGCUACUUGCUCUCUCCUGCUCCCCGCUGUCUUUGGGAGAGGUAGGUAAGGCAAAAUGGGGGCUUAUGGCACAUGACUGGAGCCAGAGCUGGCUAAGAGCAGCAGUAUCCUGGCCACUAUGUGCAGUGUUUGAGGCUUCUUUGCAGCAUCUGACUUUGCUUGUGCCAAGACAGGCCUCUGAAACAGUGUUAGYGUUUGAGAUGCCAUGUUGUCUACUGUUGCCCUGUAAGUGCCCUACAGGGUUGUUUWUUCUUAUGACUGUGAACAUUACAUAUCAACAAACAAAAAGUUUUACAAAUCUGAGUCUGCAGAGAUUUGAAGAGGAUUUUGCCACUGUUGUUUUGGGAGCAGAGCAGGUCAGGUCUGUCCAGCCUAAUGCGUAURCGUCCUUGCAGCAGGAUUCUCUGAGAUCCCCCACCAGUUUAAAUUUUACAUAUUCAUCUUAGGGACAGAUCUUCAGAGCUCCUGGAUUCUUGUCUUUUCUCUUAAAUUGUGAUGACAAAAGUUGUAUUGCAGCACUAUUCCCUUGCUUGGGAAUAGGCAAGUGAUAGGAAUAGAGCUUGAUAACAUACAUCAGUAAUGGGCCUUGGGAGAUAAUUGAGAGAACUCUUAGAGACCUGGCAGGUGCCAUUCACAUCAUUACAGCAACGGGCAGAAUCCCAAACCAGCAUGAYGUGUGAACUGGCCUGCAGGGGAAGGGCUGCCCAGGCCCUACGUAUAUAUUUGGCCAUGGUAACGAAUUCCCCUCCUUAACCUAAAGUGGUUAAGCACGCAGAUCUUCUCUGUUUCAGGACAAACAUGCUUAAACCCAACAGAGAAUCAGAAGUGAGGUAGAAACUUAUUGCAGCAGGAGUUCUUGAUUGUUCAGGUUACUGUGGAUACCUUUGAACUCUUAAGCUAUGAGACCAUGUUUAUGCUGCCUUU